GUACGGGGGCUCUGUUUUCUUGAUAAACAAACAGACAUACCCAACACUGAGAUGCCUGUAUAACACUGAAAUAUUAUACAGGCCCUUAUUUAGUCAGUUAUUCAAAAUAACCGCUACGUUUCUCUGUCUUUUUUUGUCCAAUAUGGCGUCUUUUUUCCCAAUAUAUAUUUACAUAUGUUUUUAAUAAAUAUUGGGAGACAGAAGAGCAUUUCUUUGUGUGAGUUUCAGCGACGGCGUAUUAACUGGGAGUUAAUAUCAGGUCUGUGCUUCGGAGGCGGACAUCCUCCAUUUUCACAGAGUUGUCCCUUCUCCUCCCGAGCAGCGCCGGUGAGUCGCGGUACUGCAGCUCAGAAGCGGACUCGCACACUAGCUGUGUGGGAGCGAAGCGCUCAAAUAAAAACACGUUUUCUGUAGCGUACCAGCAGAAGAUGGGACAAGUCCCUCUAGGCUGCUUGAAACCCUGAAACGAAGAACGGAUGUUACGCAAAUGAGUUGCCAAUAUAUCUAACGUUUUCUUUUGCUUUUAGGGUCUUCUGUUGCAAUACAUUGCGAUAUACCCUAAGAAGAACUACAUAUAUAUUUAUAAGUAUUCAUAACUGCGUACCCCCCACCCCCCCAAAUAACCCAGCGUCGCAAUUGAACUGUUAUUAUUACAAGAGGAGUACUUGCAUUGAAAUCGCGUUGAGGAUUAUUUGGCAGAUAUGAAUAACAUAAAGCAAAUAUCAAUCCAAAGCAUUGCUGGUGGCAUGUAUCAGGUAUUGCCUGCUGUGGGUGCAGAUGGAAAAAAUAUCUUAAAACUUAUUCCGGUUCAGAAAGCCGAUGGAAAAUACAUUCGAUCUGUUACAAGUACUAAUGCAGCAAGCAGUUACAAGCAGGCUGUUGUCGAACCUGCUAGAGUUGUCACGCCGACAAAUAUCCGCUUCACCACAACUGACAUUUCUCAAAGCCAGCUGCCCAUUCUACAGCAAACGAGUCAAAUAAAAUACAUUAUUAAAAGUCCUUCAAAUGGACCAGUUACGCUAAACCAUAUGGGGAGAAGGCCAGUCGAGGGAAAUGGUACUUUGCCAUCGACAAGUUCUUCGGUUCAAGUUUCCCCGGGUCCAGUUCUGCCCAGACAGAAUCAGAACCUGGUUCUGGUACCAACAAGUAUGGUCAGUUCUGAGGGCACGUUUUCUACGCUUAAUCCAAAACAUCUGCCUAUCACAUUGAAGUCAUCGGUGUUUCCCAACGGACAUCUCCUCCAGAUUCCUGUUAAUGCAAAAGUGAAGACCGUACCAGCAAGUGCACUGCCACCAGUCAUUCAGCAGAAAAUACAUGCUACGUCUGUCAGUAGCGGCUCAGGAACGCCUGAACCUAAAACAAAUUUACACACUGUUCUGUAUGUGACGCCAGUGAACACUGUUAGAAUGGCAACUACCAAGCCAACCAUUCAUCCAUCACCUACAGCUGAGUCACAGAGCCCAAACCUGAAGACCACACAACAGUCUGUAAAGACUACCCCUGUUAAGGGGCCAUCAGGACCUUCUAGGUUUUGUAGCUCAAAUAAUCAGAGUCAAGGGAAACCAAUCAAAUGGGUAGUGGAAGAAUACCCAGAUUCUCCAGCACCGUACAUUGUUCCUGUCAACAAGCCCAACAAAAACAGCAUGUCUACAAACAUCUUUAAAAGUAUUGAAAAGAGUGCGGAACACGCUGCCCCACCGCCAGCCGUUUCCCAAGAAAGCCAGUCCCAAAUCUCUUCGGGAAAAGACAACGCUUUGGUCAUGUGCAAUGGGAAAGUCUUCUUUCUGGCCAAGCAAAGCCCUGAAUUAACUGUACCACCAGUUCAAAAACAGGACGCUAACGAAGCUGCCCAGAGGAUCAACAAGGAGACGUCGCAGAGCACUGAUUGUGUUAAACACCCUGACGUAGAUUUUGAAAUCGUCUCGACCCAAAGCCUGCGUUCAGCAACGUCAGGAGCUGUAGUUCCAGGAGGUGCCCGUAGGGACGACACCACGCCAAUCAUAAUAACAGAUGAUGCAGAUGAUUUAAGCAGCGAGGUUCAGGAGGUUGGCUAUUCAAAGCCUGAUGUGAUAUUUGUCUCCUAUAUAAAGCCAAAAAAGCUCCCUGUAGCAAACGUUGAAGGAGGAUCCGUUCCAGAAAUACUGACCAUUAAAGAUGAUGAACCCAAAAAGAGCUCUACAGAUCCAGUUCAAGGAUUUAGUGCAGAUGUUUUGGAAGACAAAAGCUGUCAAUGUGAAAGUGAUAGCCAGCUAAGGAAGAGGUUUGAAAUCACUUCCGAUGUUCGAAUCUGCUUAGAAAAAAUUCAACCCCAAAUGUUAACAACAACCUCAGCAGAAGCGAUCUCGUCAGUCGCGUCUACAAGCAGGUGCCCUCUGGAAGGGAUCAGGAAAUUAAUUCAGGAGUCAAACGCUAUAAUCAGAACUAAGAAGAGCGCUCCAGCGACGGUUGAAGUAAAAGUGGACGAAGGCAAACCUGCACCACAAAAAAGAAAAAGUGAAAGCAGCCCUCCAAGCACAAAGAAGAGCAGAGUAGAGAGUCCAGAAAGAAACUGUGAAGCCGACUGUACCGCGCAAAGUCCCAUUACAUCUACACCAGAACCGCCUUCCCUAUCGCUGCCAACGGCAAACCCAAGCACAGGCAUGAUGGAAACAGAAGAGGCAGUGCCAUCCUGCUCAGACACCCUCGGUACCGUAUCUCAGCAGCUCUGCAGCCAAGCAGCUUGUGAGCAACACGUUGGGAAGGCUGCUGGCACCAGUACAGACCAGCACUGCUUAGUGGAGGCUGCUGGCACCAGUACAGACCAGCACUGCUUAGUGGAGGCUGCUUGCACCAGUACAGACCAGCACAGCUUAGUGGAGGCUGCUGGCACCAGUACAGACCAGCACUGCUUAGUGGAGGCUGCUUGCACCAGUACAGACCAGCACUGCUUAGUGGAGGCUGCUUGCACCAGUACAGACCAGCACUGCUUAGUGGAGGCUGCUGGCACCAGUACAGACCAGCACUGCUUAGUGGAGGCUGCUGGCACCAGUACAGACCAGCACUGCUUAAUGGAGGCUGCUUGCACCAGUACAGACCAGCACAGCUUAGUUGAGGCUCCAGUGGAGUUUGAUGAAGUUGUCCGAGAUGAAAAAAUCAAAAGGUUAAAAGAUAUGUUAAAGCAGCAGGAAGCAGCUCUUGAAUUGAUUAGGAGUAAGAGACGUGUGCCAUGAAGCUGAUCAAAACAAUUGCCGUACAUGUAUUUAUAUUGAUUUGUGUCUGUCUUUUUUAAUUUAAUUUUUUUUUGUAGUAGUAAUAUUCCAAAAAAUGUGCAGUUCCAUUUUAUUAGCAACAAACAUGAUUUAAUAAAUCAACACUGAAUUCGAAACCUUUAGUUAAUAGGACCAAAUUAUAUACAAUACAUCUGCAUUUAAUGUUAAAGAUAUCAUUUCAGUUUAUCAUUUAAUAUUUAAACAAAAGCAUAUAAACAGCUGUAUUUAUUUGCCUUGUAAUUGUUUCUAAAUCAAAGUUACACCGUGUUUCACAGCCUUGUCACACUACCUACAAGAUGCAGAGUGAAAUGGAAAAGGGGCUCAGUUUGAAUGCAUGGUUCCUAAGAGUUAAAUGCAGUGUUAUUUGUGUAUAUAAUGUGUUCCUUCAAUCACACAGAACACUUCCAAGACUUUAAAAUCAAUCGCCCCUAUUAUUAGCAUUAUCCUCAUUACUGCUAGCUCCCUAUUUGUUGCUGAAGAUCUUUUGGUUCUUUUAGUAGUACAUCACAGGGCCUGAGUGCAGCUAAAAACUGAGGCUACAGUGAAGCCUUGUAAUAUUUGCAUGGACCAAACUGAAGUAGAAAAUACAAGGAAAGAACCAAAACCUAUUGAACAAAAUCUUUUUUUUUUUUUCCUUGCUCAGAAGUGAGUAUAAACAGAAGUUGUCUUUUUUUUUUUUUGCUGUGUCAUGGAAAAAGACAGUAUUACAAUUGCCAGAGAAUCCAGACAUGUUAGUUUAGAAAAAGACACUUCUCAAAAGAAGGAUGGGACGUUCCUGGCAAGUAGCUGUAGCUUGUUUCUGCAUUUAAAUGGAAUGCGUCACAGUGCAGAGUGCUUGCUUUAGAACAACAUGUUGCUACAGAUGCAGAAGUUCUGUAUUUGCAUAGUGUUUGUUUAUAUAUAUGUAUUCACAAAAUAUGCAUUAUUCUAUUCUUUCUGAGCCUUAUGAAGUGUUGUAUUCAAAGCAAUGCAGUCCGAACCAUUUACAGCUGAGGUGUCACGUAUGGGUGACCUAGGCAAAUGAAUAAAAUGGGCUUCUUUACACAGGAAGUGGUGAAAUGGUUUUGAUUGGCCCUCUAUAAAUUAAAAAAAGUUACCUUGCUUUGCAGGUGGGCAGUAGAUUUAAAUUUAGUUUUAUUUAUUUAUUUAUUUCAAACUUU